AUGGUGAUUUAUUUUCAAAACGUGAAAUCUUAUAAUGCAGGUAUAUUAACAGCUUUAUCUAAUCGAAUUGGGGAUGUUGCAUUAUUAUUAGCAAUUGCUUGAAUAUUAAAUUACGGGAGAUGAAAUUAUAUUUUUUAUUUAGAAGUUAUACAAAAUGAAUUUGAAAUAAUAAUUAUUGGUUCUUUAGUCAUAUUAGCUGCUAUAACUAAAAGAGCACAAAUUCCUUUUUCUUCAUGAUUACCAGCUGCUAUAGCAGCUCCAACUCCGGUUUCUGCUUUAGUGCAUUCUUCUACAUUAGUAACAGCUGGGGUUUAUUUAUUAAUUCGAUUUAAUAUUCUUUUAGAAAAUUCAUGACUUGGUCAGUUAUUAUUAUUAUUGUCAGGGUUAACUAUAUUUAUAGCUGGAUUAGGAGCUAAUUUUGAAUUUGAUUUAAAAAAAAUUAUUGCUUUAUCUACUUUAAGACAACUAGGGUUAAUAAUAAGAAUUUUAUCUAUAGGAUUUUAUAAAUUAGCUAUAUUUCAUUUGUUAACACAUGCUUUAUUUAAAGCUUUACUAUUUAUAUGCGCAGGAGCAAUUAUUCAUAAUAUAAAUAAUUCUCAAGAUAUUCGGUUAAUAGGGGGUUUAAGAAUUCAUAUACCUUUAACUUCUGCUUGUUUUAAUGUGUCUAAUUUAGCUUUAUGUGGGAUACCAUUUUUAGCCGGAUUUUAUUCAAAGGAUAUAAUUUUAGAAGUUGUUAUAAUUAGAAAUGUUAAUAUAUUUUCUUUUUUUUUAUAUUUUUUUUCAACAGGUUUAACAGUUUGUUAUUCUUUUCGUUUAGUAUAUUAUACAAUAACUGGAGAUUUAAAUUGUAGAAGUUUAAAUAUAUUAAAUGAUGAAGGUUGAAUUAUGUUACGAGGUAUAAUAGGUUUAUUAAUUAUAAGUAUUAUUGGGGGAAGAACACUAAAUUGAUUAAUUUUUCCAAUUCCUUAUAUAAUCUGUUUACCUUUAUAUAUAAAAUUAUUAACUUUAUUUGUUUGUAUUUCUGGAGGUUUAUUUGGUUAUGUAAUUUCUUUAAUAAAGUUAUACACUUUAAAUAAAUCAUUAAUGUUGUAUAAUACAACAAGUUUUUUAGGAUCUAUAUGAUUUAUACCUUUUAUAAGAACAUAUGGAAUUAUUUUCUAUCCUUUAAAUUUAGGGCAGAUUGUGAG